CGGCCCCCAGCAUCCGACACAGAGCGCCACAUCCCGGCGCGCUUUCAUCAGACUCUUUCCGCUACGCUGUCUGGAGGCUGCGUGUUUUUCGCUCGUCACAUCCCGCGGAGGAAGAUGGCUUUCAGGGGACAUGUACACCGAUUUCUCAGGACUCAACUCGGCCACUGCCGCACACAGAGCCGGGCUCAGUCCGUGGCGGUGCUCGGGGCCCCGUUUUCGAGAGGACAGAAAAGGGGAGGAGUGGAGCACGGACCCAAAGUGAUCCGAGAAGCGGGGCUCAUCGAGAGGCUGUCCGGGCUGGAUUAUUCUGUCCAUGACUUUGGAGACCUCAGCUUCCAACACCUGGAGAAGGAUGAGCCCUACAUGGACGUGAAGUUCCCUCGUUCUGUGGGUGCAGCCAAUAAGAUGCUGUCUGGAGCAGCGAGCAGAGCCGUCGGGGCGGGCCACACCCUCGUCAUGCUCGGAGGUGAUCACAGCCUGGCUAUCGGGUCAGUGAGCGGUCAUGCCCAGCAGUGUCCCGACCUGUGUCUCAUCUGGGUCGAUGCCCACGCUGAUAUAAACACACCCAUGACCUCUCCAUCCGGAAACCUGCAUGGCCAGCCUGUGUCCUUCAUGCUCAAAGAACUAACAGACAAGAUACCAGCUAUCCCAGGGUUCUCUUGGAUGAAGCCGUUCCUGUCCUCGAGGGACCUGGUCUACAUCGGUCUGCGGGACGUGGACCCCGGCGAGCGCAACAUCCUGAAGGACCUGGGUAUCCAGUACUUCACCAUGAGGGAUAUCGACAGAAUGGGCAUCCAAAGGGUUAUGGAGAUGACUUUUGAUCAUCUUAUGGCAAGAAAACAGCGACCGAUCCACUUGAGCUUUGACAUCGACGCCUUCGACCCGUCUCUCGCCCCCGCUACAGGAACGCCAGUGAAUGGAGGUCUGACCUACAGGGAGGGAAUGUACAUCACAGAGGAAAUCCAUAACACGGGCCUGCUGUCGGCCAUGGACCUGGUCGAGGUGAACCCAGUGCUAGGGGCCAACCGGGAAGCCGUGGAGGCCACCGCCUCUUUAGCGGUCAACGUCAUCGCGUCGUCUCUUGGACAGACGAGAGAAGGGGCUCACGUGUCCAUCGACGAGAUUCCGUCUGCGAAGGACGACACAGAGCAGCUCCGCCUCUGAGGGCGUGGAGUGAAGCUAUGGACUGUAUCAACGACAUCCCUGAGCAUUCCGCCAGUUUUAAUUCAGGACUGAAAAGACUGAUUCUAACAGUAGCUCAAAUAUUUUUGUUCCCAUCUCUUUGCUGUUUAUUGUCGUGUUUUAAAAAAAACAACUAAUUACGUCUGGAUUUAUGAAACCUGUGAGAGACGUUUCCAUAGAUUAUUACCUUAGUUCAUUUAGAAACCACUACUCUUAUUGAUGGGAAGACUACUCACUUUAACAGCAAUGCUAACUUAUUUUGUAUGUACAGUAAUAAGUUAAGUAUUUGAGGACACAGUUGCCACAUAUUUAUGAUGUGUUUGGUUUACAAGUUAAUGAACCUGCCUCAGAGGUAUGAUGAAUCAAGACGUAGUUUGAAGUCCACAGCAUGGAUUCUGAAAACUGAGUCUGUGCCACUUAGUAAAAAACUAGUAAUGAUGUGUUUGCACUUUUGGACCAGGUGUGGUUACUGUAUUUCCUUUAGAGUUUUUGUAUUACACAUUGAACCUGCUAGUACAGAACAUGUACUAGACUUACUGUGUGUAUAAGUAUGAACUGAUGAUUAAUCAGUUUUUGCUCACAAAUGAGGUGAGUGACCGAUGUUUGACGUGAUGAGGACACUGAAUGACUUGUCCUUGUAACAGAGUUUAUAUUUUGGUCUCCCAUAAAUGUGCUGACAUUUUU